AUGCGCCCUUUCUCCUUCCCAUCUCGCAUCUUCAAGUCACCCAGUAGGCCGCCCGUUCCCAGAAGCAGUUUGAUUAAAGAUCCUGUCAAGCACAAUUGCAUUGUCCAAAACUUCUUCAAUCACUGCUCCAAAGGCCGCCUCCAACAAGCUGUUAUUUGUCUCGACCUUCUAGCUCAGAAGGGUAUUCGGUUAGACUCUAAAGCAUUAGCUUUUCUGUUAUUAAGAUGUGGGGAUUUUAAGGAUCUUAGGAUAGGGAAAUGGGUUCACCUCCAUUUGAAGGUCACGGGUUUGAAGCACCCCGAUACGUUUUUAGCCAAUCAUUUGAUUGAUAUGUAUGGUAAAUGCGGCGAUCAUAACGAAGCGCGUAAAGUGUUCGAUAAAAUGACAUCUCGAAAUUUGUAUUCCUGGAACAAUAUGCUGAAAGGUUACGUGAAAAAAUUGAUGGUAAAGCCGGCGAGGACUUUGUUUGAUAAAAUGCCUGAAAGGGAUGUCGUAUCAUGGAAUACUAUGGUCAUUGCUUAUGCGAAAAGUGGACAAUUGGACGAGGCUUUAAGGUUUUACAAAGAGUUGAGGCAGUCGGGUAUUGGGUUCAAUGAGUUUAGUCUUGCUGGCAUUGUGAUGACAUGUGUGAAAUUGAAGGAGUUGAUGCUGACUAAGCAGGUCCACUGCCAGAUGUUGGUUGCAGGGUUUUCACUAAAUGUUGUCCUGUCAAGUUCAAUUGUUGAUGCCUAUGCCAGAUGUGGUGUCCUUAGUGAUGCUAGGAGAUUGUUUGAUCAGAUGGGCACGAGGGAUGUUCUCGCAUGGACAACUUUGGUAUCAGGAUAUGCCAAAUGGGGUGAUAUGGAAUCAGCCAGGGCGCUGUUUGAUAAGAUGCCUGAAAGGAAUCCUGUCUCUUGGACAUCUGUUGUUUCUGGGUAUGCUCGAAACAAUAUGGGAUAUGAGGCACUUGAGUUGUUUACGGAGAUGAUGCGGCGUCAUAUUAAGACUGAUCAGUUCACUUUUAGUAGUAGCCUGUGUGCUUGUGCAAGUAUAGCUUCACUAAAGCACGGUAAACAAAUCCAUGCACAUUUGAUAAGGAUCGGUUUUAAACCUAAUCCAAUAGUUGUAAGUUCCCUCGUUGAUAUGUAUUCAAAGUGCGGCUGUCUGGAACUUGCAAAGCGAGUUUUUGAUGUUGUGGAUGACAAGCAAGAUGUUAUUCUGUGGAACACAAUAAUAUCAGCUUUUGCGCAGCAUGGUUCUGGUGACAAAUCAAUUGGUCUGUUUACAGAGAUGGUAGAAGCAGGAAUCAGACCAGAUAGAGUUACGUUCCUUGUCCUUCUCAGUGCAUGCAGUCAUUCAGGGCUUGUGAAUGAGGGGCUUAGCUUUCUUAAGUCGAUGAAUCAUGAUUACAAUGUUGCACCCGAUCGGGAACAUUAUGCAUGCUUAAUUGAUAUGUUAGGUCGUGCUGGACGAUUUGACGAGGCAGUAGGUCAGCUCAGAAACAUGCCUUGCAAGCCUGAUGAUCGUGUUUGGAAUGCCUUGAUUGGUGCCUGUAUGAUCCAAGGAAAUUCAGAUUUGGGACGAAUUGCAGCUAAACACAUCCUUGAAUUGGAUCCUCAAUCACCCACUCUAUAUGUUUUGUUGUCAAGUAUAAAUGCAACACUGGGAAAGUGGGAAUCUGUGUCGAAAUUGAGGCAGCUCAUGAAUGAGAGACAAAUAAGAAAAGAGCAAGCCCUUAGUUGGUUAGAAAUUGAUCACAACUUGCAUCAAAUAACUGUAUCUGAUCAGUUAUUAAAUUCAGUGGAACCUAACCCUGGUGUUCAACUUGUAGCUCAUCAAAGUGGAGUUUCGUGA